AUGGAGCUCUUCCAAGCCAAGGACCACUACAUCCUGCAGCGGGGCGAGCGCGCGCUGUGGUGCAGCCGCCGCGACGGCGGCCUGGAGCUCCGGCCCGCUACUGAUCUACUUCUUGCCUGGAAUCCCAUUUGCUUGGGUUUGGUAGAAGGUGUUAUUGGGAAAAUUCAGCUUCAUUCAGAUUUUCCCUGGUGGCUUAUUUUAAUUCGGCAGAAAGCACUGGUGGGCAAACUUCCAGGAGACCAUGAAGUCUGUAAAGUUACCAAAAUUGCUGUGCUGUCACUUUCUGAAAUGGAACCUCAGGAUCUUGAGCUAGAGCUCUGUAAGAAGCAUCAUUUUGGAAUUAACAAACCAGAGAAGAUUAUACCAUCCCCUGAUGACUCAAAGUUUUUACUGAAGACCUUUACGCAUAUUAAGUCCAAUGUAUCUGCUCCUAAUAAAAAGAAAGUUAAGGAAAGUAAAGAAAAGGAGAAGUUGGAAAGGAGAUUACUUGAAGAGUUGCUGAAGAUGUUCAUGGACUCGGAAUCCUUUUACUACAGCUUGACCUACGACCUGACCAACUCAGUGCAGAGGCAGAGCGCGGCGGGGAGGGACCCCCGGCCCCUCUGGCAGAAGGUUGAUGAUCGAUUCUUUUGGAAUAAAUAUAUGAUACAAGAUCUUAUUGAGAUUGGUUCACCAGAUGUGGACUACUGGAUCAUUCCCAUUAUCCAAGGUUUUGUGCAGAUUGAAGAACUUGUGGUAAAUUACAGCGAGUCAUCGGACGAUGAGAAAAGCAGCCCAGAGACCCCGCCCCAGGAGUCCACCUGCGUAGAUGACAUUCACCCACGGUUCCUAGUGGCUCUCAUUUCUCGUCGCAGUCGGCACAGAGCAGGAAUGCGCUAUAAACGACGCGGGGUGGAUAAAAAUGGAAAUGUUGCAAACUAUGUGGAGACUGAGCAGCUGAUUCACGUCCAUAACCACACCUUGUCAUUUAUUCAAACGCGAGGCUCUGUGCCUGUCUUUUGGAGCCAGGUUGGCUAUCGAUACAACCCAAGGCCUCGGCUGGACAAGAGUGAGAAGGAAACUGUUGCCUAUUUCUGUGCCCACUUCGAAGAACAACUGAAAAUUUACAAAAAACAGGUUAUUGUUAACUUGGUAGACCAAACAGGAAGAGAGAAAAUUAUCGGGGACGCUUACCUGAAGCAGGUGUUGCUCUUUAACAACGCGCACCUCACUUACGUUUCCUUCGACUUCCAUGAGCACUGCCGCGGAAUGAAGUUUGAGAAUGUUCAGACACUAACAGAUGCUAUUUAUGACAUUAUUCUUGACAUGAAGUGGUGUUGGGUUGAUCAAGCUGGGGUGAUAUGUAAACAAGAAGGGAUUUUCCGAGUUAACUGCAUGGACUGCCUGGACCGCACCAACGUGGUGCAAGCUGCCAUCGCACGGGUGGUCAUGGAGCAGCAGCUGAAAAAAUUAGGUGUGAUGCCCCCAGAGCAGCCACUGCCGGUGAAAUGCAAUCGGAUCUACCAGAUCAUGUGGGCCAACAACGGAGACUCCAUCAGCAGGCAGUACGCCGGCACCGCUGCGCUGAAGGGUGACUUCACCAGGACAGGAGAAAGAAAGUUAGCAGGAGUUAUGAAAGAUGGUGUUAACUCUGCAAAUAGGUACUACCUGAAUCGAUUUAAGGAUGCUUAUAGGCAAGCUGUCAUAGAUUUGAUGCAAGGCAUUCCAGUGACGGAAGAUCUUUACUCCAUAUUUAACAAAGAGAAAGAGCACGAAGCUUUGCAUAAGGAAAACCAGAGAAGCCACCAGGAGCUGAUUAGCCAGCUGUUACAGAGUUACAUGAAGCUCCUGCUGCCUGAUGAUGAGAAGUUCCAUGGCGGCUGGGCCCUCAUUGACUGUGACCCCAGCCUCAUUGAUGCUACUCACAGAGAUGUGGAUGUGCUGUUGCUGCUUUCUAACUCUGCCUACUACGUUGCCUAUUAUGAUGAUGAAGUUGAUAAAGUAAACCAGUACCAACGACUAAGUCUAGAAGACCUGGAAAAAAUAGAAAUAGGUCCUGAGCCCACGCUUUUCGGUAAGCCCAAGUUCUCCUGCAUGCGGCUGCACUACAGACACAAAGAAGCAAGCGGCUACUUCCACACCCUGAGAGCGGUGAUGCGCAACCCGGAGGAGGAUGGGAAAGAUACCCUUCAGUGCAUUGCAGAGAUGCUGCAGAUCACCAAGCAAGCCAUGGGGUUAGAUGUACCUAUAAUCGAGAAAAAACUUGAGAGGAAGAGCAGUAAGCCUCAUGAAGACAUAAUUGGCAUCAGAUCUCAAAACCAAGGCUCUCUGGCCCAGGGAAAAAAAUUUUUAAUGAGCAAAUUUUCAUCUCUAAAUCAAAAAGUGAAACAGACCAGAUCCAACGUAAAUAUUGGCAAUUUACGAAGGCUAGGAAACUUUUCAAAACCUGAAGUGAAAGUUAAUUUUCUAAAACCAAACUUGAAAGUAAAUCUUUGGAAAUCGGAUAGUAGUCUUGAAACCAUGGAAAACACAGGAGUGAUGGAUAACACCGUCCAGGCGGAGUCUGAUGGGGAAAUGUCUUCAGAUAAUGACUCCUACCACUCGGAUGAAUUCCUUACAAAUUCCAAGUCUGAUGAGGACAGGCAGCUGACGCACUCUUUGGAGAACGUGGGGCCAGUAGACUACGUUCUUCCCAGCUGUGGCAUCAUUGCUUCCGCACCCCGAUUAGGCAGGUCCCAGUCUAUCAGCAGCACCGAUGUUAGCAUUUAUGUUCCUACAGAUGUUACUGUUGCUGCUCGUGGAAGUGAGUUUGGAAAAGGCUGUGAGUCGCCUUUAAAAAAAAGCCCUUCUGCUGAUAACAUACACAUACUGACCGGCUUUGCCAAGCCUAUGGACAUUUACUGCCACCGAUUUGUACAAGACGCACAGAACAAAAUGACUCGACUGUCGGAAACCAGGCUUCUUCCUCAGCAGGCUAGUGAGGAGGGAAAUCAAACCGCCCAUCAAGUUUCCAACGAAGAAACCCAAUGUGCACCAACGGAGCAGAUACCUUCUCGGCCAUCUCAAUUAGAUGUGUGUUUUUCUGCAGCAGGCCAGCAGUUUUUGUCUGUCGAACCGGUGCAUUCAGUUGUAUCUCACAAGACCCCCGGCUCUGGGUCCAGCAUGCUUGAACUUGAGGCGGGGCUUCAGGCAACUCCUUCUCCUUCGGAGAGCAGCAGCAGAGCAGUCUCCCCCUUCGCGAAGAUUCGGAGCUCCAUGGUCCAGGUCGCUAACAUUACCCAAGCCGGGUUAACCCAGGGGAUAAGCUUUGCAGUGGCCAAGGUUCAGAAGAGCCCCGCGGAGCCUGACGUGGUUAACGAAGUCCAGCAGAAUGAACUCAAAAGUAUGUUUACACAAUGCCAGACACGAAUAAUUCAGAUUUAG